AUUAUAUCCAUAGAGAACAUACCAUAUACUUUACUCUUUAGUAAAAACUAUAUUUAGGGCAAUGAUUUAAUAAGUUUUCGUUGUUUAUAUAUGUAUUAACGAAAGGAUUUAUUAAAGUACAAGGUUUUAAUUUGAUUAUAUUUAACAGACAAGUAAGUUUAAUAAAUCUAAAUUUAUGAGUUUUGACUAUAUCCUGAAUUACAUCAUAACUAUGUACAGCAACAAAUAAUUCGUGCUUUAUUUCUCAGAAUGAGGAAACGCUAUGUGUAAUUUAUUGUAUGCAUUAGCACAGACGAUAGUUUGCGCCAUACAGACGGUAAUAAGACUAUUUCUGACUAUCCUCAUUAUGACAGAGAACUUAAUCCGUAUGAUCCUCCAAAAUGCAUAUAACUUAAUAUCGUUCCUGCUGCAGCUAAUAUCACUAUUACCUAUAUGUAUAGUGUUCAUAGUGACUUCCCGUUUGAAAUGCCUGUUGUGUAGCGGUGGAUUAUGCCCAUUUGGAAGAGCCAAUUGUGAUUGUUUAAUGUCCAUAGUAGCAUUAGCCAUAUUAUUCUUUGUGUUAAGAGCUACUGGUGUUCUGGACAAAUUAUUGAAUAAUUUUGGAUAUGAUAAGACCAGAUCAUUAUCGUCUUUAAAUGAGUCAGGUAAUAUGAAAUUUCAAUAAGGUAAUAUUCUAAAAUCUUUCUUUGGAUAUACUUGCGAAAUAUCUAUUAUAACAGUGAAACUGAUAUCUAGCAACUUUCACGUUCAGUUUUGCUGUCCCUGUGUCCAAGAUUUCAAAUCCAAGAUUCGCAUGUACAAACGGCAA